CUGACUGGUAGUAAAACGUUCGCCCAAGUUCCUAAACGAAGCUUUGCAUCAUGAAGUUAGCUGGAUUACUGGUUAUCUGUGCAGGAAUGAUCUUUGCCAAUUUACUUGGUACCAUUGUUACUGCUGAAGCGGAGUGUACUGGUCAAUGGACUCAGUGGUUUGAUUAUGAUAACGCCGAUGGUUUGGGCGAUUACGAAAAAACAACCAUAUUUGUACAACGCCUUGGGAAUUAUAUGUGUUCUAAUCCCACUAUCGUCGAAGCGCGGACCAUAGAUGGCGUUGCAGCAGAAGAUACUGGUGAAAUAUUCUCGGACUAUUCGCCUGAAGUGGGAUUUGUUUGCCUAAAUGCAGAUCAACCAGAUAACAUAUGUCUUGAUUAUGAAGCAAGAUUCUGUUGUCCAGACGGUGGGCUAACACAAUAACGGUUUCUGGAAACAUAGCAUAUACUCGGUACAAUGAGAAGCAGAAACAUUGAAUUCAUCAUAUCUUUAAACUUAUUAUAAUAAGUAUAAUCACCAAUCUUUACAAUUGUUACAAAGUAUGUCGAUUUAUAUAAGCACUACAUCUAAGCUGUAUUUUUCGUCAAUAAAGUAUGAAACAAAUAAAGUGAAAUACGCAAUAUAAUAA